GCAGCAGCAUGGCGUUCUUGUUUGGCCGCAGCAAGGCCAGGUCCAACCAGGAGUUGACCCGGUCGACCAAAGAUUUGAUACUGAAGCUAAUUGCUGAGGACAAGCCUUCACAAAAGGUAUCCGACCACUACGACCCAAGCGCACUGGACUGGGCUGACGACGGUCAGAUCGAGGAAGAAGUGGCACGGAAUCUUGGCCAAAUGAAGGUCAUCCUCCAAGGCACGCCCGAACUCGACGUCAGCCCCGACCAGGUAUUCCAGCUGGUGAACCUCCUCGUUACCGAAGAUCUUCUACGAGUUCUCGCCGAAAACAUCCACCUUCUACCCUUCGAAUCGCGCAAAGAUACCCAAACCAUCAUCUCCAACGUCCUGCGAUACAAGCAACCGGGCGAAGACCAACCAAUUGCCCUUCAAUACAUCAUCACUACCCGCCCCGAAGUCAUCAUUGCGCUUUGCAAUGGCUAUGAUCGUCGCGAAAGUGCUAUGCCCUGUGGAGGAAUCUUAAAAGAGGCCUUGAAACAUGAUGCUGUCACAGCACUAAUUCUCUACGACGAACCAAGUCUACACGGCCAGCCUCUGGAUCUUGGCAGCAUUGAUACAGAUCAGCCUGCCUCGGGCCAGGGUGUGUUUUGGAAGUUCUUUGAUUGGAUCGACAAGAGUUUGUUCGAAGUCAGCACCGAUGCUUUCGACACUUUCCGCCCUAUGGUCGCUAAGUAUAUCGACACCAACUUCGACCAAUUCUUCGACAAGUACAACAACAUCCUCAUAAAAUCAGAGAGUUAUGUUACCAAGCGCCAAUCAAUCAAACUGCUUGGUGAAGUUCUGCUGGACCGCCAAUUUUACGAAAUCAUGACCCGCUAUGUCGAGUCUGGCGACAACCUCAAGCUUAUAAUGUGGCAGCUCAAGGACGAUCGCAAGAUGGUGCAGUAUGAGGCUUUCCACGUGUUCAAAAUCUUUGCUGCGAAUCCCAACAAAUCACCCGACGUCAAGCGACUAUUGACCAUGAAUCGUCAACGCCUGUUGGAUUUCUUGCCAAACUUCUUAGCCGAUCGUACAGAGGAUGACCAGUUCUCGGAUGAGAAGAGUUAUCUGAUCAAGCAGAUCAAGUUGUUGCCUCAGACGCCGAGUCAGCAACCGCGAACUGCAAGCCAGGAAUCAUCGAGA